AUGUCUCUUCCCGAGCGGCCGGGCGCCGGCUCGAACUACAAUCAGCGCAAUGUUUACCGCAACUCGCCCUCGCGACGAUCAAGACCCGUCGAUAUCGAGACUGGUGGUUAUCAUGCUGUAGACAAUGUCGCUCAACAUCAACGUGGGAUAUCCGGUUCUUCUUUCGCAGAGUCCAUCGGUGUUAAUUCUCAUACAGAGAGUAUGCCUCUGUCGCCAACAUCCCCCGAUGGACAAUCGCGUCAUUCUGGCCCAGAACAGCCUAUAUCUCGGAAACGAAGUUUGAUUCGCCCAGAGAGAAACAGAAUCGACAGAGAUCACCGGAACUACCACUACCACAAGCAUGCUGCUCACAUGAAUGUUUUGCCGUCUUCAACAGGGAAUGACCCCAUCUACGAGGAUUUUGAGGCGUCAACAGAGCGAUCCAACUCGAACUACAACGAAGUCGCUUCGGAUAGUUCCCCUCGCCAACGACGAAACGUCAGUGGAGAGCAGGAGAAAAGCGCUGCUGUUGCAGCCGCCAUCCCUACUCCAGAUCGUACAAAAUCAGGUAAGAUCAAGAAGAAGUCGAAGCGUCAUUCCAAGCCACCAAAGCGAAUCGAGGAGCAGCUUCGGCCGCCCACUUUCUGGAAUGUCUACUGUGCUAUUAUUACCUUUUGGGCCCCUGGAUUUAUCAUGAAGUGCUGUGGUAUGCCAACCAGGGCGCAGCAGAGGGCUUGGCGUGAAAAGAUGGGCCUUAUCAGCAUCAUCCUUUGUAUUAUGGCCAUUGUUGGUUUCCUCACUUUUGGUUUCACGGCGACGGUCUGUGGAUCUCCCGCAGAGCGAUUGCGCGUCAACAAGGUUGAUGGAGGCAACAUGAUCUUUCAUGGUAUCGCGUAUGACUUAUCCAAGUCUCAUCACCCACCUGCUCAGGGUAUGCCCCUUCGCGGUGACGGAUUAGGUCCCAAUGUUCUUUACGAUCUUCCCGAGAAGCAUGCGGGCCAGGACGGGAGCUUUUUGUUCCAGAACGUCAACGGCAGAUGCAAGGGCUUGAUCACACUUGCUAAGGAUUCGGACGUGCCCACAAACAAAGAUGGUGACUUGGGCUGGUAUUUCCCCUGCACGACCUUUAACCAGGACGGUUCAAGCAAGGUCAACCUGACCACUCCGUAUUAUUCUGGUUACGGAUGUCACACUACACUCAACUCUCGAAACGCCUUUUACCUUGACUUGAGUGGUGCUGCGGAUGUUUAUUUCACCUGGGAUGAUAUCAAGAACAGCUCGCGUAAUCUCAUUGUCUAUUCUGGAAAUGUUCUGGAUCUAGAUCUCCUCAACUGGUUCAACAAGAGCCAGGUUGCCAUUCCUAAACGCUUCGAAGUGCUUAGAGAUAAGGAUUCCGAAGUCAACAAGGCCAUCCGAGGUCGCGAUGUUACUCGGAUGUUUCAGUCUUCGUCAGACAAGAAGUAUGCGCAGUGCUUCGAAGAAAUCAUCAAGGUUGGCUCGGUUGACACUGAAACAAUUGGCUGCAUUGCUUCUAAGAUUGUUUUGUACUGCGCGCUGGUCCUCAUUCUCUCUGUCGUUGGUGUUCGAUUCUUCCUGGCCAUCAUUUUCCAGUGGUUCAUUUGCCGCAAGUAUGCGCCAACCAAGACGUCUCAGAGCUCCGACCGGAGAAAGCGUAACCGUCAGAUUGAGGAUUGGUCAGAGGACAUCUACCGCGCUCCCAUCAGACUCCCUGGUGAUGUCGGAAGUACUGUUUAUGGAUCAUCGGAUCGAACCAGCAAGCGUGGAUCAUUCCUCCCUACUACGUCCCGAUUUUCAUCUGUUGGUGGCCCCGAUAUCAGGGUACCAACUGGGCGACGAAUGCCGACAACAAUGGCCAGUCAAAGUAACUCGAAUCAACUCCUCUCACCUGGCUCUGUGUUUAAGCAGGGCAACGAAAGCCGCGCCAGCUUCCUCCGAUCUGAUCCCUACUCUGCCUCGCCUGCCGAUGGUCCUGGUCCUGCUGGCUUUAUUCAUGAUGCUGUUGUUCCUCAACCUCCUUCUGACUGGAUGCCAUUUGGCUUUCCAUUGGCUCACACGAUGUGUCUGGUUACUGCAUACUCUGAAGGAGAGGAGGGUAUUCGAACCACUCUGGACUCCAUCGCGACUACUGAUUAUCCCAACAGCCACAAGGUCAUCGUCGUUAUCUGUGAUGGAAUCAUUAAGGGUCAUGGCGAAACCGUGUCUACACCUGAUGUCUGUCUGGGCAUGCUGAAGGACCACUCUAUUCCCCCUGACAUGGUUGAGCCUUUCUCGUAUGUGGCUGUUGCUAGCGGUUCUAAGCGUCACAACAUGGCCAAGAUUUACUGUGGUUUCUACGACUAUGGCAAGAGCUCUCGCAUUCCUGCUGAUCGACAGCAGCGAGUGCCCAUGAUGGUAGUGGUCAAGUGCGGAACUCCUGAUGAAGCCACCAAGUCCAAGCCUGGUAACCGUGGAAAGCGAGACAGUCAAAUCAUUCUAAUGUCGUUCCUCCAGAAGGUCAUGUUUGAUGAGCGCAUGACAGAACUCGAGUACGAGAUGUUCAAUGGCCUCUGGAAGGUGACAGGUAUCUCUCCGGACUAUUACGAAAUCAUCCUCAUGGUCGACGCCGACACCAAGGUUUUCCCUGAUAGUUUGACUCAUAUGAUUUCUGCUAUGGUCAAAGAUCCUGAGAUCAUGGGACUUUGUGGUGAAACCAAGAUUGCCAACAAGCGCGACAGCUGGGUUACUGCUAUUCAAGUAUUUGAGUACUUCGUCUCGCAUCAUCUUGCCAAGUCUUUCGAAUCGGUCUUCGGUGGUGUUACUUGUUUACCUGGUUGUUUCUGUAUGUACCGCAUCAAGGCGCCUAAGGGUGGACACAACUACUGGGUUCCGAUUUUGGCCAAUCCUGAUAUCGUCGAGCAUUACUCUGAGAAUGUGGUCGAGACUCUGCACGAGAAAAACCUGUAUCUCCUUGGCGAGGAUCGUUUCCUGACAACCCUGAUGCUCCGAACUUUCCCCAAGCGAAAGCAGGUUUUUAUUCCUCAAGCAGUAUGCAAAACGACCGUGCCCGACGAGUUCAUGGUGCUCCUUUCUCAGAGACGUCGCUGGAUCAACUCAACCAUUCAUAACCUCAUGGAACUGGUUCUUGUUCGUGAUCUUUGCGGUACCUUCUGUUUCUCGAUGCAGUUCAUCAUCUUUGUCGAACUGGUUGGUACUCUGGUCCUGCCGGCUGCUAUCGCAUUUACCUUUUAUGUUGUUGUUACGUCUAUUAUCCACUCACCACCACAAAUUAUUCCUCUCGUUCUCCUGGGUUUAAUUCUUGGUCUACCUGGUCUUCUCGUUAUUGUCACAGCGCAUUCGUGGUCCUAUAUUGUGUGGAUGCUCAUCUACCUGUUGGCACUACCAAUCUGGAAUUUUGUGCUCCCGACUUAUGCAUUCUGGAAGUUUGACGACUUCUCAUGGGGCGAGACACGAAAAACAGCAGGCGAAAAGACUAAGAAGGCCGGCCUGGAAUAUGAGGGCGAGUUCGACAGCAGCAAGAUUACAAUGAAGCGAUGGGCCGAGUUCGAGCGUGAUAAGCGCUCAAGGAGCGGCUACUGGGGCUCUCGUGAGAACGUUGUCGGCGGCGGUGGUGGAAGCUGGACCAGCCCUCCAGGCCACCAAUAUAAUGAGGAGUACUAUUCUGAUGCUUGA